AUUCCCAAAUAAGUCUUAUCUUAACACAAAUUUGUUUCUAAAGUAAAUGUAUCUUUUGUGAAGGAUAUGCAGGUACAGCAGUGGAAACCAAUACAAAAAUACUUAUAGGAAAUUAUUAUUAUUAUUUUUGUAUUCACACUGUAAAGCACGCUCGCACACAAACUCGGCACACACUCACACUGGCUGCUUAUAUCUGAGACCAAUCCCUUGGUAUUGGCUAGAGGACACACUCUGCCUUAUAUAGGCAGGAAUGCAACAACAGACACACACACACAUAACAAGAAAGCUGGCAACGUGCGUCAUUCACAUUACAAGCAAGAAGAGAGAGAGGUGAGAUGCCAAGACAAAAUGAUCACUAAAUACAACACAAAGAAAAAUCUAUUUAUUUUAAUCUACUUAUUUGUAUCUAGUGUCAGGAAUCUAUUAGUUUGGAAUAUGAAUAUUCUGGAAAAGUGUAGAUAAACUAGAAAUAUGCAACACAUCUGCAGGUAGUUGUUUCUGUAGCUCUAGCUGCAAACAACACAUCAUUCAAAGUAAACUUGCUUGAGAUUCAUGACAAUAGUCAUAUGAACAUUUAUCAGGAGAAAUAUUUGCCGUGAAAUUACUGGGGUGCAGGUUAUAGAUGAAAGCAUAUGAAACAUAUGAAAGCAAAACAGGCUGGAGUUGAAGUGUUCAUGUGUAUUUUUAUGUAAAAUGGACUUAUAGAAAAUUCACACAAACAGCACAGAAUGCAUAUUUACAUUUAUAUGCCAUCUUUUCCCCAGAUAUAUAUUAUACUUUAUACACCAGAUUUGCGUAUGACAAAUGAGUUUUCAUAUUGAUGAUUGAUAGAUCUAUCAUUUACAUUUUUUCUUGCAGUAGAAAAUACAGGCUCACUUGAAACUUAAACAGGAACACCAACACAGGAACAGGUGUUUUCUUCACUAAUGUAAUAUUCAGCUCGUUGUCGUGACAAUGAAGUACACAGGUUUUGUAAGGAGAGUUCACCCUUCAGCGAAAAUUGUUUCAUUAUGCUCAAAAUCAAAAAAGCGUUACUGAAUGUACUUACAUGCUCAGAAUAUCACAGCUUUUCUGCACCAAGUAAACCUUGGCUCAUAUAAGCCUUUCACAAACCUUUUUACAUUUUAGCUGUUUAGAUUAGGCAUGCAUUUCUGCUGUGAAGUAUUCCAUCAAUGAUUAUCAAGGAACGUAUAAAAUAUGCAGACAUUUUGUGGUCCGUUUUCAUCCCAGUUCAUGGGAAAUGCAGUAUUUGUAUGUAAAUGGAGAGAUCAACUGUGCAUCCCUUGCAACAUGAAAGAGUAUCUUCUAUACAAGGACAUAUUGAAUAAAAAAUUAUUACAUUAACAAAUGACAUGUUAUAUUUAAUAAUAUCUUCACGAGAUACAAUAAUAUAAUAACAUCAGUCACAUGAGCAACACUGCUGUUAGGUAAAGAAAGAAAUAUCUUUUUAGUUUACUUUAUAAACUAACCUUGAGAAACAUAAUAUAAAAAUGCAUAACUGCAUUUCAUAAGCAUCAUGAUCUUUGUAAUAUAUGUAAGGGCUCAUGUACAGACGUUCUUUGAUGCGAAGUGGUUUUCUGCUGUUUAUGCUUUAGUGAAUCAAGCCGUGACUAAACUUCACACUGUUCCUGGUAGUAGUGUGAAAACCAUCUGUUCUCUAUAUUGUGAUGAUUAUUUAUGCAGAAAGUGAUCAAAAAUCAUUCUCUUUAAUCGCUGCAGACGUAGAUCUGCAUGAGAGUUAGUGAACUGAUUUCUGUAUUUUCGCUAAAACUCCUGUUAUAAUCACUGCUGCUCAAAGAGUCUCUUAUUUUCAUUGUGUUUCACUGUUGUAGUUAUGGUGAAAGUAUUCAUAAGAUUGCAGAAAUCGCGUUGCAAUGAGGAGAUCACUGCAUCGUGUGCUCAGUAGACAUGACUUUGAUUGGCUGUAGUGCAGUGCUGCAAACUUUGAGUCUGAAUAUCCACCUUUUUCUUCCCGUAAGUGUGGGAAGAAAAAGUGCGUUCUUAAUUAUGAACGCAAUGGUUUGUAGUGCAAACAGUUUUACUGUUUACUGCACAUUGUUAUUCUUCAUUAUUUUCCAUAGUCUUGUCCAUAGGCUUACCUCUGCGUUGAAGAAAAAGGUGGAUAAUUAGCGUUUUUCACAUUUGGCCCUUCGCAAAGACCCACCUCCUUAGUUACUGUUGCUAUGUCUGAAAAGCCAUGGUGCUCUCAUGUCACACACCAUGUUUUCAUGUGAAAAAUUACAUUGUGGAACAGAGACACUGACAAUGCACUGGCAGACAAGACCGAGUCUACUUUUGGUACGAAAGUGUCAGAAAUUCAAACAAUAAAUACCAUUUUGUGGCUCUUUAAUGUAAAAGUCUCAAGCAACAUUAUAAAAUGAUUAAAAUAAUGCAUUUCACCACCUCUUUAAAGAGAAUAGUUAGUGAUGUUUUUUUUUUAGCAAGCUGAUAAUAUUGAGGAGAAAAUGCAACACACCGUCACGGUGCACAUAGCGGGGAGGAACAAGGAACACGGAGACGUGGAAUAACUCAAAAUACAGUCUUUAAUGAAAUCCAAAAGGGCAAGACAAGGCAGGGCUGAGACACACAGGAACACAAGGAACUUAACGAGUAUACCAGACCAAAAGGAACUAAACAGGCAGGAACUAAAUACACAGGAUAAUUAAACACACAGCUGAACAGAAUCAUAAUCAAACUAAAUAAGGACAGGAAAAAGACCAUAUAAGGACACAAGAGGGCGGGAAACACACUACACACAACAGGACUGACACACACAUACUAGUACUCAACUGUUCUUGAAAGCAUACAUGUUACUAGGGAGUGAUGAGUAUGGGGCAUGUAAUGUAUCCCAAAAUGCAGUGCUGUUGAUGGAAGCCCAUGCUCACCUUACCAUCGGCUUGCAGUCAAAAGAGAGACUUCUGCUGCUUUUCACAGAUUCGCUAAUCAUCGCCAAAACAAAGUCUCUGUAUCUGAAGCUGAAGGCACGUGUUAGCCUCUCGGACAUAUGGCUGGCAUCCUGUGUUCACUGCAUCACAGACAGAAAGCUCACCUCCAAGAACUCAUUUGUGAUUGGCUGGCCGACCACCAACUAUGUCGUCACUUACAGCUCAUCAGAAACAAAGGAUAAAUGGUUACAUGCUCUUCAAUGGCACACCUGCAGAGCCAGGCAAAAAGUCUUGCCAAAUGCCAUUCUUCUCUACGUCCUGCUGAUUUGCCAUCAAGAUGACAACAGCUCAGCGACCGUUGCCGUGGCAGUGGACGUGAGCACGACCGCAGAAAAUGUGGUUCAGUACAUCAUACAGCAGUGCAAACUAUUGGGUGAGGUCUCGGACUACCAGCUGUGUGUUAACUAUGAGAAAGAAGAGGAAACAUACCCCCUCAUUGGCCAUGAGCUACUAUUCUUCAUCCUGCAUCACUCCCUGAGAAGUCAGCAAGACCAUCUGCACAUGCCCAGUGAGCCCCUGCAGGAAGCGUUUAGUUCUGGCCAGCAGACAGAGGCCACUCCCAAGACCCCUCACUUCACCCUAAAAGCCAGAACACGCACUCCUAGGGGUGCUUUGCUGAAACAUAAAAGAAAAAGGUCUCUGAUUGAUUGGGCUCUAAGGAGGGGACACUUUAACCAAUCUGAUGGCCAAUCUGACCCACAAACUGCCUCGCACAAGCUAUUUGGUCAGCCACUUUCCUCCAUUUGUCUUGAUGGAAACCUGCCUAAACCAAUAAUGGACCUGCUGUAUCUGCUGUUCAGUGAGGGUCCAGAGACCUGUGGAAUCUUCCGUCGUUCAGCAAAUGCCAAAAACUGUAGGAUCCUGAAGGAGCGAAUGAAUGCUGGGCAAAGUAUUUCACUGCAUGAACAAUCAGUUUUCGUCUCUGCAUCUCUAAUUACAGAAUUUUUACGCAAACUGCCUGGUGGUGUUUUGUGCUGUGACUUUUAUGAGGACUGGAUGGAAGUGCUACAGAGUGAGGAUAAACAGGAUAGACUUAACAGAGUCAGAAGUUUGCUUGCACAGUUGCCAGAGGAGAAUGUUACCUUGCUGUGUCACUUAUUUGGAGUGCUACACAGGAUACACACUCACUCAGAGGUGAAUCAGAUGACAGCAACAAACUUGGCACUUUGCAUUGCACCCAACAUGCUCUGGAGGUCUUCCCAAAUCAGCCCUGACAAAGACGGACAGAGCGUGCUGCAGGUCGCCGCACUCAUCCAGUACCUGAUAGAAAACACGCCUGCCAUAUUUGGAGAUGAUCUGGAGAGUCUGUUAACCAGGCAGAUGAAUACAGAGCAGGAAACAUGUGAUUACACAGAUGGUUUGUAUUUUCUUCAGCACUCCUCUUCAGAGGACACAGAUCAAGACCUCACUGUUUCUUCCCAACUGCUGCCUGAAGUUCAUCCUCUUUUCCUCCCUCUGGCUACACUUUCUCUGAAAGAAAAGAGGAGACCCCAGCCCUUUCAUAUAGAUAUGCCACCAACAGAAAGUGCCUACAGCUGUGGAACACUGGAUUCCAUUUCCUCACAUUCCAGUGCUUCUGUAAGCAUGCUGGGCGUCAGGGAACUCAGCCAAUCACGUGAUCGUUGCCUCUCUGAGCCUUCCAUGUAUUUUUCCACACCCCAAACACCUGUACCGACUCAUACACCUGUUAUCCGCCAAUCCAGCUACGAUGCAGCUGUAAGUGAGAGCAGAGGUGAGCAGUCAUGCAGUUCCUUGGGGUUAAGCCCAGAACAACAAUCGCGCAAUUCUGGAAUGGGUACAAGGAGACGUCGUUACACUUUCUGGAAGUCGCCGCAAAUCCCCACCCGCUUCCGUCAUCCUGCGCAGAGAUUGGCCAGCAUGUCAAGUCUGUCAUCUACUGCCACUUCUUCCCUCAGCUCACUGGAUAGUACAUUGUCUCUCAGCUCGGCGGAUCCGAUCCCCAGCCCUCAAGAUGCACAGUCCCGGCAUUUUCUGUUUGGAGCUGCUGCAAGACUGCGGCCACUUACACCUGAAAUGCCCAGAAAGCGGUGGACAAGUACUUUCACUUAUAAAGAGGAAGAGGAUGUUUGGAGAGAGAAAGUUCAAGAGACAGAAAAUGAGAAAGAGAGUGAAUUUGAAGUAUCUUUUCAUGACUGUGAUGGAGAGAGAGCAGUGAAGGAUGGAGAAAAAGCUGAGAAUGAGGAAGCCAUAAGCUGCGAGUCCUUCUGCGACAUUCAUGAGGUUAAAAGUGCAACAAGUCCACAGGCAUCAGAGUGUCUCUCUGAGACUGUGUGCAGCGUGGAGUUCAGUGUGAAUCCAUUACGGUCCUCCACCGUAUGUCAGAUAAAGCCCAAUCCUGACAUGAAUUUGCAAGCGAUCUCGCUGAAUCCAUGCAGUAUGUGUGCAGUCCCACAGGAGAAUCUGAUUGACAGUAUGAUACAGAAAUCCCAAGUCACACAAACGCUCACAAACGCACCUGAAACGGCACAAAAGCAAUCAAGUAGCAAAGCAGAAAACUCUGUAAGUCAGAUGCAGCUGGAGCGUCCAAAGGCUCACUCAAACAUUCAUGCCUCAGGUGGGCAGAAAGUGAGCAGAAUGAAAAUCACAGUCUUUCCUUCUGCAGGAAGAGUGAUGCUAAAACAUUUGAAGGUCACAGAUCAAACUCAAAGUGUUCUGAUGGAAACAGAGCAGAAAGCUAAGGGAAAAAUGCGAGAAUCUGUCAAGGUUCAGAUCCCACAGACACUGUUUUAUGGUCAUAAUGUUCCGCUAGUGUUGCUUACUACACCUCCUCAGCAAACGUCAGUCCAGGUGAGGACACAUUGUAUUCCUCCUGGUGAUGCGGAUAUGGCAGACGCAGGCUUGAGUGAUGAAUCUAAUGUUAGCAUUGUCGCGACUGAUAUUAGCAACGGUGUAAGCAGUUACCUGGCAGAGAAAAGUCCUGUUGCCAAAUCGAUUAGUCAUAGCGUGGGCACUGUUGACGACCUGCGCCGCCCUGGAUGUAUUACUGAAACCAGUAGCCCUGCUGUUAGCAUUAGCAGUGGUUAUAGUGUUAACCCCAGUAUAAAGGUCUUUCACAACGAUGCUAAUCAGAGCAUGGCUUAUCCCAAACCCACUAACAGAUCCUCAGGAACUUUUCGUCACACAAUCUGUAUCAAGCUCCCUGGCAGCAGAGGGAUGGCACAGAACAAACCAUUAUCAUAACUAGAUCUGGUGAUGUAAUACUACAUGGUGGUGGGGGUAUGCAACACAUUCAGUUUCAAUGCAUUUUUCAGUAACACUUUACUUAAAGCCUUUAUGUAUAGUGCAUGACAAAGGUAUUCAUAAUGCGUGUUGUAAUGCAUUAUAUCUUUUCAUAAAUAAUUAUAAGCAAAAUUAAAAUACAUUAUAAUAUUUGAAAGUUUGUUUGUCAUUUGUUUUAAUGCAUCAUACUUUCUAAAGGUGUAGCAAUGAAUGAGAUAAGUGUUACAAUGUAUUAUAACUGUGGUUACAAUGAGAUCAGGCAAUUCAUUAUAAGGUGCAUUACAAGGCAUUAUUCAUGCAUUAAAACUACUUUUUUAAUGCAUGAUAUUUAAGGGCUUUAAGUAAAGUGUUACUCAUUUUUCCUAAGAACAAGCUUGGGUAUAGUGUUUGCAGUUUGUACGAGGGACACAGGGGGCGUGUGUUUACUCGUAUGUUGAGGCCACAGGCAUAAAAUGAAAAUGCAUUUCCGCAGGGUGUGCCUUUUCAAAGGCAUCUGCAGAGACACGUGAUGCAGUUGUGUGAAUGGAAAACUCAUUCUUGGGUCCAUGCUUGUAACAGAAGAAGAAAAAUCUCUGGGCACAGAAAGCUGAAAGAAAGUGUAAAAUAGAGUGUUGGCAUUAGGGUGAGUUUUACUUCAAAUAAAGCAAUAUACUAAGAAAUUAUCCAAGUUGAGCUAUAAACACAUUAAGAUUUACAUUACAAAACUGAAACCAAAAUAGACCAAAGCUUAAACCACAGUAAGCUAAUAUGAUGGCAUUUUUAACAACGUUAAGUUUAAUAUGUGACCCUGUCUGUGAAAUGCAGGCUAAAGUCUCAAAAUCUAAUUAUGAGAUGGAUAACAAGCAUCAAAGUGAUUUCAACGAUUAAUUUUACUAUGAUUUCAAUCUUUGACAUGGCUUUACUCAGUCAAUAUUAAAGAUAAUCAAGGUUACAUUUUCACAGAAUGUUCUUUAUCUUAAGGAUGAUUUUAUGUAAAUCACAAAAAAUUACUUUAGCUGGGUUUUCAUAGCCAGGGUCACAUGUUUUAUACAGAAUAAGGCAUAUGAUGGCAAGAAAUUGCACUGCAUAGUAGGAAAGAUGAUUGAAAUAGAUCAGUGGUUUUCAAGCCUCCACUAAAAGUGCAUUUUAAUGAAUGUUGUUGGCGUCUAAACAACACUGUAUGCGGACAAUCAGCAUGAGACAUUUCUCAGCAUAUUUUCUUUUGUGUUGUAAGGACAUAGAUGUUUGGAACAAAAUAAGGUUGAAGAAAUGACAGAAUUUUUUAUUUUUGGGUGAAUUAUCAGUAUUAAAACAUGAAUUGGCUAUAUGUGAUUUUAAUCAUUACUUCUGUUAUCUACUCAUUUUUUGGUAACAUUUUACAAUACGGUUGCACAAAUAUGCAUUAAAUAAUGCUUAACUAAUGCACAGAUAAUCAUGAUUUAAUGUAUAAGUCACGAUGAACUAAACCAUUUAUUAAUGAUUACUGCAUCAGCAACUAAUGAACAUUCGAUAUGAUUCAAAGUAAUCAAUAAAUUGUUAUCAGUUAAAUGCGUGAUAAUAUAUUAACUACCUAAUAACUUAUUUUAUUAACUAAUGAAGUAAAUUCAUAUGUUAAUUACCACAUUGGGUCGAAGCCAUGCCUUUAAACUUCCAGUUGUCUGCUUUAAUUAAUCAUUAGCUAAUGAUUUGCUAAGGUAUCAUUAUGUUAUGACUUUACUUGUUGAGGCACAUGACUAUUAACUAAUUGUUAAGUAAUAUGUCAUUGUGGUUAUAGAUUUUGAAUUAGUUAGUUAGUCAUGUUCCAACAAGUACAAGUAGACAACAAGUAGACCACACCAUAAUGAUACCCAUGCAAAUCAUUAGCUAAUGAUUAAUUAAAGAAGACAACUGAAAGUUGAAAUGCAUGCUUGAACCCAUUGUGGUAAUUAACACAUUAUAUUAACUAAUAGUGUAAAUUAAUAUGUAAUUAGGGAAUUGAUACUUUGACACAUUUAACUAAUAACAAUUUAUUGAUUACUUAGUCUAUGAAUCAUAUUGAAUGUUCAUUUGUUGCUGAUGCAGUAAUUGUUAAUAAAUGGUUUUAGUUCUUCAUGAGUUACACAUUAACUCAUGAUUAUCUGUGCAUUUGUUAAGCAUGAAUUAAUGCAUAUUAGUGUCACCGUAUUGCAAAGUGUUACCCAUUUUUCAUUCUGCUUUCUAAAUUCUAACCAGAAAUAAUAAAAUUAACUGCAAAAGUUGUACACACAAUAACUUUGUCAGCCCUAAAAUAUACAUUUUGUAAAAUCUCUCAAAUGUUCCAUGUUUGAAAGCCCCUGGCGGUAGAGCCAGUGGUUGUUAAUAUUUAACAACAGUCAAUAUUUAAAAAGACAAAAAUAUGCAUGUGCUUCAGGCAGAAUUGGAAGUUAAUGUGAUGGUAAUCACCUUGUGGUGGGAGAUUUUAAGUGCUUUCGCGGAAAAGGGUAAACAGCAGACGUCACAAAGGUCAUCACUAUAGUAACAAAGCAUGUGGCAGGAGAAGAAACUUCUGUGAAGACUGCAGGAAAAGGUAAAAGCCAGGGAAGCAGCAUGAUCUGCAUAAGAUGCUGUGAUAAGACCAUUAGAAGAACAUUAGGGAGAAACAAGCGGGUGGGAGACGUUUAGACGGGAGUGUGCAUAGUGUAGAUCCAGUGUAAGACAUUAGUGGAUAAUUGAAUGAUGGUUUGAAUAAUUAUAUGGUUCCGAGUCAUGUUUAUUUAUAGUUGUAAUGUGAGAUGAGCUUAUGCCACGACCGAGAAAUCAAAAAAAAAUUCAAAGAAGCUGUUUUGUUUUAAACAUUGUGAUUAUAGAGAGGGAAAAAUGUUUCUUAAUUAAUUACCAGCUUUUCAUGUUAGAAUAUUUAAAGAGUUAGUUCAACCAAAAAUGGAAAUUCUGAGAUCAUUUAUGCAGUCUCUUCUAGUUACAAAUAUUUAUGAGUUUAUUUAAAAAUGUUUCACACUAUUUUUAUUCUUUUUUUUUAAUGCAUCAUCGUUUAAGAUCUUGCAAUUAUGACUUUUUUCAAAGUUUACAUCUCACUCACAAUUCUGUUUUUAAUAAAUAAGUAAAAAAAAAAAAAUAGGUAAUUGUGACUUUAUAUCUCACAAUUCUGACCUUGUUCCUGAAUUUUUUUUUAAUUAAGGUAAAAUAUUUAACAUUUAUGUGAAUGUUAAUUAUUUAUUAAAGACAGAAAACAUGCAUGAUGUCGUAUUGCCCAUUAAGUUCAAGUCAUUUGACAUGAUAAAAACCUAGGCUGCAUCCAAAAUUGCAUACUAUCUUUGGAGUAGGUAAUUAUUUUGAAUAUUAAUUACUGCUAAAAAAGUAUGUUCUAUAUGAAUGUGAUUUGAAUGAAUUUAAUAUGAAUGACCUACCAGUGGAAGUUGCAUUGCUUCACUGCAAUUCAUAAAUCCUCUCUCAUGUCCUCAUGGGAUAGUAACGUGUCCACUGUAUGCACACUUUAGAAUCUCGACCAGAAGUAGUAGGUCAACCGCUUACUAUUUGUCUACUCUUCUAUGAGUACUGUGAAUUCUUUUGUCACAUACUGUUUUUCGCCUACUGUAUAGUAGGAAGUAUGCGAUUUUGGAUGCAGUCAUAGUGUGAUUGCACUGCUAAUUUGUGAGGGAAGCAUGCUAAUCUUCUGGCAAUUGAGAGAACUUGCAAAAUGAAGGGUUCCCGGGAACUGUGGGAUGUGCAUUUGAGCAGGAUGCAGCUUUAACAUUCACACAGAUAAAUCAAAAGAGCCACCGGCAUUUGGCCACCGUUUUCUUUUCCACCCACUCUCUGAGCCAUGUGAAUAAUUUCUCUAGGCGUUUCUGAUGCGCUCUAAAUGUCCGCAGCUGUUUCACUCAUCACACGACCACACAAUAUUCCACCUUAAAGACGUUAUGGUGUUUAUCUGCAGAAACAGUGUGCAGUCUAAGAUGUGUGCGUGUUGCUGGUAAUCAAUCAUUAGAUGAGACAAAUGAUAUAUCCAUGAGCUCUUGAACUCCUCUGACAUUUAACACUGCUCCCAACUAAUGCUCAGACGCUUUGUGCAUGUUUAAGUUCUCAUUAUGUUCAAGUUACUCACAUGUGAUUUACUCCUCAUCAGUCUAUAGAAACCAAAACAACAGAAAGCAGUGGGGAGUUGUAGAAGGAACAGCUGGCAAGAAGAAAAUCGAUCUAUUCGCUUUCAUUCAUUUAACAGAAUUUAUCUUUAUGCACUGGUUUAUUUUCACCUGAUUCAAGACUGUUGCGUGUUCUUAUCUUCAUGGUUUUCAUGUUUUUAAACAUGUAAUUGUACUUUAAUUUGUUUUGUAAAUCUAAACACUUUUAUCACAGAUUGUAUAUCUAAAAAACAUUGAGUGCAAUUGCUAUGCUAUUGUUGUAACUGCAUUCCCAGGUGGGAUAUAUGUAUACAAUAAAUGCUUGAUCAAACAUGUAAAAGUGUUUAAUUAAAUUCUUUCUAAAAUAAAUUUCAUAGCUGGUUUUAAGAUCUAGAGCUCAUUUUGGGAUGUUUCCUAUUCCUAGCUCAAACUGGGAACCUUUUUUUUUUUUUUAACCUAAUGUACAAAAUGUGCCAGAGGAUGAUUUUAGAGGCAUUUGUAAAGAGACCAAGAUUGCAGCAUGUGCUUGAAAACA